AUGGUGGCCUCCAGAUUGAUCUCAAGAGCACUCGCUCGACCACCCGCUCCCAGAGUACUCAAACCUGGAUUAUCACGAUCUUUAGCUGCUGUUCAUCCCGUCACUCUCCCUUCAGCUGAUCCAGAGACCAAAACUUCCGUUCUGUCGAAUGGUCUUUCAGUCUCAACUGAAACUAUCCCAGGAGCUCAAACUUCAACAGUCGGAUUAUGGAUCGAUGCUGGUUCAAGAGCAGAUGCUGAAGGUGCAAGUGGUACUGCUCAUUUCUUAGAGCAUCUCGCAUUCAAAGGCACAAAAUCUAGAUCUCAAACUCAACUUGAACUUGAAGUAGAAAACUUGGGUGCUCAUUUAAACGCAUAUACAUCAAGAGAACAAACAGUCUAUUACGCAAAAGCAUUCGAUAAAGAUGUUCCUCAAGCUGUUGAUAUCUUGUCUGACAUUUUACAAAAUUCAAAACUUGAAGAAAGUGCAAUUGAAAGAGAAAGAGAUGUCAUUUUGAGAGAACAAGAAGAAGUCGAAAAACAACUUGAAGAAGUCGUAUUUGAUCAUUUACACGCUGUUGCUUAUCAAGGAUACCCCCUUGGUAACACCAUUCUUGGACCUAAAGAACACAUCAACUCGAUCUCCAAGACUGAUUUAUCAGGCUACAUCUCCAAAAACUACACUGCCGACCGAAUCGCUUUAGUCGGAGCUGGAUCCAUUGAACACGAUGCAUUAGUCAAACUUGCCGAGAAAAACUUUGCUUCUUUACCUGUAUCUUCCAACCCUAUUCCACUCGGUGGACAAGCUCAUCCCCGUACCGAUUUCUUAGGUUCAGAAGUUAGAAUUAGAGAUGAUACGAUGGACACAUUAAAUGUCGCUAUUGCAGUCGAAGGUGUUUCUUGGAAAUCACCUGAUUAUUGGCCAAUGUUGGUCAUGCAAUCAAUCUUUGGAAAUUGGGAUAGAUCAUUAGGUGCUUCUCCUUUACUGUCUUCAAAAUUAUCUCAUAUCGUAUCGAGUAACAACCUCGCAAACUCUUACAUGUCUUUCUCAACUUCAUACUCUGAUACUGGUCUUUGGGGUAUCUACAUGGUAACUGAGAACCUAAUGAACGUUGAUGAUCUUGUCCACUUCACCCUCAAAGAAUGGACUCGAAUGUCUAUAUCUCCUUCCAGUGCUGAGGUUGAGCGGGCUAAGCAACAACUCAAAGCUUCAUUGUUAUUGGGUUUGGACGGUACCACCGCUAUUGCUGAGGAUAUCGGUCGACAAUUGAUCACCACCGGUAAACGAUACACACCUGGAGAGAUUGAACGAUAUGUCGAUGCCGUUACUCCCGAGGAGAUCCAAAGAGUUGCCAGACAAUACCUCUGGGACAAAGAUAUCGCUAUUGCCGCUUUAGGUCGAACUGAAGGUCUCUUCGAUUACAACCGAAUCAGAGCUGACAUGUCCUCGAUGAUCUACUAA